CUCAUUGAGAAGUUUGUCUAGUGGUUGGGAUCAGAUUUCUCGACUCCCAAUGCGUUACGCACCACUGUAGUCGAAAAUGGCGUCAUCAGAUGAGCCAUUUUCAUAUACUUCCCGAAUAUCUUUAUCAUUUUCUGCCAUGCGCGCACCUUGUUAAAGAUGGACGUACAUAUGCUUGUGCGCUUGCCCAGCCUGGCCCCUCGCACGCCUUCCUUACUUUUAUAUCUCCACGGUUGUAAAUUAUUCCAUUUCCCCCCCUUUUAAUAAUCACUCUGCGACGCGGAUUUGGUUUGAAGAGCAGGUCGGUCAAAGGAAGUAACGCGCCCUUUAUUACCCUUCACGCCAGAUUUGUUUUCUUCUCAGAGUUAAAUUGGCAAGUGGGUCUGUGGAAUUUGACAGGAAUUUGGGAAAAAAUGUCUAAAAAUUUCAUCUUGUUUGACAAGACUGCUUAUUCUGCAAGGAUUGUCUUGUUGGUUGACGGUGGGCAUAAAUUGUUUGAGGAUGAAGCAGAAGCAAUUUCAGUGGGCGUCAAGGCCUUGGAGAAGGCUAAGCUUUCAAGAGCCCUUUCAAUGCCUGUGUUGGAGGAGUUUUGCUGGGCUUCAUCCCCUGAAUCUUCUCUGUCAAUGGUGCAUGAAGAUGGGGGGGAAAUUGAGGGUUUGCUUGAUUCAGAGCAGGGGUUUUCUGGAACAGGGGAACCUCCAAGGCAGAGAGUUGCAGAUAAUUUGAAGAGGCUCAGAGAGAUGGUUGGUGGAGGAGAGGUUAUGGAUGUGGCCCAACUGUUUCAAGAAACUAUAAGCUGUGUAAAGAGAUUGCAGAUUGAGGUCCUCACUGAAUUCAAAUAGAUUUGGGGAUUUUUGCCAUGUUUUUUUUUUUGCUGGUUUUACAGGACCCUCUGCAAAUCUCUGUAUAUUUUGAAGUUUUCUGGAUAAUGGGCGCAUAUAGACUGUAUUUUUGAAUUAAACGUCUGUUUAGUUCUUGCCUCUGCUGUUCUUACAAAUGGUUUGCUUUCAUGUACAAUUUUACAGUAUGGAGGCGGUUUUGAUUCACUGGGUAAUUGCUGAAUUAUGGAUUUGGGAUUUCAGUUACUGCUGAAUUCACCAAAUAAAUUGUAUGCUGUCUGUUUUGAUAGAUCAAUAGAGUUAAAAAUGAAAAAAUGAAA